UGAUUCUGUCAUAACAGAAUCAAUUGAAAGGCUGUUUGAAUUAAAUACUGUUUUAAAUUAUAAUUUCACAAACAACACGAUCAUUAAUGAAUUUCAUAUUAUUAAAGUGGUACAAUUGUAAUUAUAACUCUUGGAAAUGGCAACCGAUCUCAGCGCUAGUUUUAAUGAACAAUACAUUAACAUCAACACAAAACUAAAAAAGAGGUUUAUGAGAAAACCUAAUAUAACAGAAGCUGCAAAUGAGUUCUUAGCACUCGCGAUACAAUGUGAGCAUUCGGAACAACCAGCGUUUGCAGGUCAAACGUAUGUGGGGGCCGCUAAAUGUGAGGCUUCGAUUGGUAAUUUGCUCGGUGAAGCGGAGCAUUACAUAUCAGCUGCGAGGCAGUUUAUGAAGGCUGAAAAAAAAUUGGCUGCCUUAAAAUUCCACAGCCCUGAUAGAGAAAAUUUGGAGGCAGCAAUUGGCUGCUACACACAGGCGCUAAGUAAAUAUCCUGAGAAGUCACCGAUACGGACCUCUAUCUUGCUAGAACUGGCUGAAGAAUUAGUUUCUCUGGAUCUAAAGUCAGAAGCCCUAGUGUAUUAUGAACAGGCUUUGGAGACUGCUACCAAUGGGGUGGUCAAUUUGAUGUGCUCUCGAAAGAUAAUAAAUUUGCUAAUUGAUUGUAGGAAAUACGAAUAUGCUUUGGAGAUGGCAAAUAAAAUAUGUGAAUCCAACACUCAUAUUCCGGAAGGUGUUUUAACUGAGCUUCAAGUGAGCAGAGUAUUGUUAGCACUGCUCGUUGAACCCGCAGAGGAAAUUAGAAGCGACUCACUCAAACAGUUCUUGGAUGAUUUACUCAACGACGAAGAUAGCACUGCUCUUCCCUUCAAUAUGGAUCUGAGACUAAAACUCCAGUCGAUCGUAAUAUCCAGCAGUAUGGACCCCCAGUCUCUAGUCAGUGUGGUCGCCAGUUCCAAGCCACACUUCACCAUGCAGCAGAGGGAAUUACUUGAAACACUCAUACUGGAAAAGCAGACAUAACAGCAACAUGUUGAGAGGUGGAUUUGUUUAUGUUAUGAACAAUUGCACAUAAAAUAUUGUCUAUGCUUGCUCUUCAUGUAUGAUUUAUUAAGACAACAAUUUUUUACAAGUGGCAAUAAUACAUUUUCAAUCAGCUUCUUUACCGUUUCAAAAGGAGUUUGUUUUGCUUACUAUAAUAUUCAAGAGAUCCAAAUUCUUUAUAACUAUAGAACAAUUAAAUUCGAUUUUGCCUUUUCAUAAAGUGGUCAUAAUUGAAAAUAGUGUUAUAAAAUAUAAAUUGUUUUAUUUGUUAUUAUAUUGUUUAACCUAUAUAUAAUUUUUUUACUUCCUUAUACAUAGAUCUUUGUUAUUAGUUAUUUUAAAAUAAAAUAAAAAAUAUAUCA